AUGGACACUCCCAACCACCUCGGAUCCGACAUCCUCAAAAGUGCUAAUCCUAUCAUAUCCGUCAUUGGCGCUGGCGCGAUGGGCUCCCAAAUUGCACAUCGUCUAUUCCAAGCUGGAGCUGGACCAAUUCUAACCAACCUAGACGGCAGAUCUCCAGAAACCUGCAAGCGCGCUAUAGAAUGCGGGAUGAAGGACACGUCUUACGCCGAUAUCGUCUCUCGAACAACUUACAUCCUUAGUGUAGUCCCCCCUAAAGACGCUUUUGCGAUCGCGGAGAUCAUCGCUGAUACAGUGAAAAUUUCCAAUGCUGAAGAAACCACUUCAUCUCAGGCUCGAACGAAACUUGUAUUCAUUGACUGUAAUGCGGUAAACCCUUCAAGUGCGAAGCAGAUGGCAAAAUUGUUUGUCAAUACUAGCGCGACGUUCAUCGACGGUGCUAUCGUGGGAGGUCCCCCUUCAGAAGUGUACAAUCCGGGAUUGUAUAUCUGCGCGAAUCCAAAUGAUGAAGCAGUUCUCGACGAGGUAGAAGUGACAUUGAAAAAAUACGGACUGCAACCGUUUAGUCUGAAAGGCGAAGGAACUGGGAUAGGCGACGCGAGCGCAGUGAAGAUGGCAAAUUCUGGAAUCGUCAAGGGUGCUAUUGCAUUGUUCACUUCCAUGAUUCUUGCUUCCUAUAAUUCGUCGCCAUCAACAUCGCAAGGCCUUCUGCACUCCCUACACAUCUCCCAAUCGACCUUCAUCGACCAGAUGAUACGCCUUGUUCCGCAAAUGACACCGAAAGCAUAUCGAUUUGUGGGAGAGAUGAAAGAGGUCGCAAGGUUCACCGAGGAUGAGGGUUUAGAUGAGAUUAGUUGUAUAUACGAAGGAGCAGCGCAUAUCUUUCAGAAGAUUGCCGACGUACAUGAAGCAAGGGGGAGAAGAGAGGGUCAGAUUUCCUCAGACCAAAAUGGAGAAGGCAGUGAAAUUGAUGAAAUUGAUGUCUUACUGACGGUCAUUAAGGAUGCAAAGAAACUGUGGGAUAAGGACAAGGGCAAGUCGUGGAGUCCGAUGAUGGAGUAA